GUUUCAAGGAUUCACAUUCAGCUGAAUCGCUACAAAUUUCAAUUGCCAUCUUCAGAUUUCGUCAAGACAAGCAAGAGCGUUGUCUUCUGCUGGCCUGAAACUAGGAAGGAGAUGAAACCAAACCCAAGUUUAUUGGGGGUUGCCCUGUUCUUCUUCUUCUUCUUCUUCUUGUUUUGCUCUGUUAACUCAGAUCUAGCAUCGGACAGAGCAGCCCUGUUGGCCAUCCCUGGAGCAGUACGCGGUGAUCCGCUACUAUGGAACCGCUCUCUCAGCCCGUGUAACUGGACCGGCGUAAUUUGUUCCCAGAACCGAGUGAUUGAGCUACAUCUGCCCGGUGCAGGUCUCACUGGGCAGUUGCCCGUCGGCAUUGGCAACUUGACUCAGCUCCAGACUCUCUCUCUCCGGUUCAAUGCUCUGUCGGGUACCAUCCCAGGUGAUUUUGCCAAUCUUACAGCUCUUCGAUACCUCUACCUGCAGGGGAACCGUUUUUCCGGUGAUAUUCCCGAUUUCUUGUUCGACUUGUCGAAUUUGGUAAGACUUAAUCUUGCUAAUAACAAUUUUUCGGGUGAGAUCCCAGCGAGAGUUAACAAUUCGAAGAGGCUAGCUACUCUGUAUUUGGAGAAUAAUCAGCUAUCUGGGUCUAUUCCAGAAAUUGAUAUCCCGUCACUGCAACAAAUCAAUGUUUCAAACAACCUUUUAACAGGGUCGAUCCCGGCCAAGCUUUCGGGUAUGAACGCGAGUGCUUUUCUAGGGAAUUCCCUCUGUGGGAAACCUCUGGUUUCCUGCAAUGGGAGUACGACUGGUGGCGGAGGUAAUAUAUCCGGCGGAGGUAAAUUAUCCGGCGGAGCAAUUGCCGGGAUUGUGAUUGGGUGUGUGGUCGGUGUUCUGUUGCUUGUAGCCGUAUUGAUAUGUUUGUGUCGGAGAAAAAGUGGUAAGAAAACGGAUACAAGGGACGUUGGCCCUGCAAAACAGACUGAGAUUGAAAUUCCUGGGGAGAAGGCAAUGGAAGAAGGCCAGAGUAGAAGUAUUGGGUUUUCAGGGGUGGUCAGAAGUGAAGCUAAGAGUGGAGGGAAUAAGAGUUUGGUGUUUUUUGGUAACGCAGCGAGGGUGUUUGAUUUGGAAGACUUGUUGAGGGCAUCUGCAGAGGUUUUGGGGAAGGGAACAUUUGGGACAGCAUACAAGGCCACAUUGGAGAUGGGGGUGGUUGUUGCUGUGAAGAGGUUGAAGGAUGUGAUGGUACCGGAGAAGGAAUAUAGGGAGAAGAUGGAGGUGAUUGGAUCAAUGGAUCAUGAAAGUUUGGUCCCCUUGAGGGCCUACUAUUACAGCAGAGAUGAGAAGCUUCUUGUUUAUGAUUACAUGCCCAUGGGAAGCUUGUCUGCCCUUUUGCAUGGAAACAGAGGAGGUGGCAGGACUCCAUUGAAUUGGGACACCAGGUCUCGCAUUGCCCUUGGAGCUGCAAGAGGGAUUGCAUACCUCCACUCCCGAGGCUCAACAAUCUCCCAUGGAAACAUCAAAUCUUCAAACAUCCUCCUCACAAAAUCAUUUGAAGCUCGAGUAUCCGACUUUGGCCUUGCUCAGCUUGCUGGUCCAACAGCUACUCCUAACCGUGUUGAUGGCUACCGUGCCCCAGAAGUUACAGAUGCUCACAAAGUAUCCCAAAAGGCAGAUGUCUAUAGCUUUGGCGUGUUUGUUUUGGAAUUGCUUACAGGGAAAGCACCAACACAUGCUAUAUUGAAUGAGGAAGGAGUAGACCUCCCGAGAUGGGUGCAAUCAAUUGUUCGAGAGGAGUGGACUGCUGAGGUAUUUGACAUGGAACUUCUCAGGUACCAGAACGUGGAGGAGGACAUGGUUCAGCUCUUACAACUUGCCAUUGACUGCACAGCUCAGUACCCAGACAAACGUCCUUCAAUGGCUGAGGUGAUGAGUCACAUAGAGGAACUGUGUCGCGCUAGUUCACAACAAGAAUUGUUAGAUAAUGGAUCUUCCCAGCAAGCUUACUCCAUUGAUUCAGGUGCACCACCACCAUCUUCAGUAAAGGAUUGAAGAAACUCAGUAAUAUUAUUUCAUUGUUAUCCUGGUUUUGCUUAUCCUUAGCUAGAGAUUUGAAUCAUUUGAUUGUUUGUUUAUUCUUGGGAUUCAAUGCCCACCCAUAUCCACAGCAAAUGCUUCUAUCUCCCUUGUACCUCACUUUUUGUUGUUUCAAGGUUCUUAAUUUUACUCGGUUGCGUGGAAGUGUGAAUAACUAUUGAAUUUGUUU